AUGAAGCUCUCCGUCGUUUUCUUCGCUCUUCUUCACUUGGCUGCGGAGGUUUGCGCGUCGACAAGGGCCAGCCCAUGGCAAAUGGUCAUGUUGUACUACACGUAUCGGCUACAUGUUGCUGUCGUUGGCCUCGGUGUGCAAGCCUUCGCUCCGUGUAUAUCGAGCAGCGGCACCUACUGCUCCUUUGAUGAAUUUGCUCAAUAUGUGCAAAGGACGUCAAAGAACUAUCCAGUCACUCAGUGGACGAUUGGGACUGUUGACGGUCGAGGUCUAGGAGAUCUGCCUGAUCCUCUCAAGGCUGUUCAGGCAAUUCAGGCCAACCUGGGAGAGAAGGUCUAUUCUGUACAGCAGGCCCCCACCAAGCUCUUCCCAGCGAAGUACACCGACCCCAAAGCGAACUACAGAUUUGACGAUAUGAUCAAGUCUCUGGAUGCAAACAUCGUUUAUCUUCGCCAAAUAAUUCUGCAACACACGAGUGUCGACAUUGAUGCGUGGGAUGGCACCUCGGACAUGUGGAAAGGUUUUGUGACUUCUGUCGAGGGUCACAAAGAGAUGCGUGAGGCCGACGAGUGGGACAAGGAGCUGAGUAACGUUAAGAACGGUUUCACUCAGGCUGGCCACACGCCAUUCACUAAGACCGUCACUUCGUCAGUUGAUGGCAGUACCACGUGGACGGAGCUGGACCCGGUGCAGAUCCUCCCGAACAGCGGGAUGAACGGCGCCUCGUACAUCCAUCUCGUGGAUACUUCAAAGAGCGCCCAAUCCGCAAGUCAUACGAGGUAA